AUGGCUUCGAGGUGGUUGUUUAUGACGACCGCAUUGAUAACCAUUCAAACGACUCCAAGUUCAACGUACGAAGAACAAAGAUUUGCUAUGGAACCACAAAAUCAAACAGCAAUCGUCGGGUCAAGAGUGACUCUCCCAUGUCGGGUCAUUAACAAAAGUGGAGUUCUCCAGUGGACAAAAGACGAUUUCGGAUUGGGCCCGUAUAGAAAUUUAAGCGGUUACGAUCGAUAUAGAAUGAUCGGAAGCGACGAAGAAGGUUGCCAUUUUCUCGGGGGUAGGGAGGGGUAG